UUCGAGGUCACAAUACAAUACAUUCAUUUAGCAGCAACGUUCAGCGGGGGAGACCAGAUCAGACUUGCACUACUAGGAGUGCCCAUAGUCAUAAUAUACAAUACAUUCAUUUAGCAGCAACGUUCAGCGGGGGAGACCAGAUAUGAAUUGCACUAGGAGUGCCCUUAGCUAGAGUUGUCUCGAUGGAAGAAGUAUAACUGACAACUUAACAAAUCCUGCAAUUACAACUUAUGUAGUUCGUUUUCCGCUGAUCAAAGCAGUGUCUGCUGGUACAACGUCGCUAGUUUCGUUUUGAUAAAACGAACGGCUGAUUUAACUAGUCGACGAGAUGUCACCAAAAAGAGUAGAGAAUACGAAGAUUAUUACUGAUUUUUCUUUGCAAAAAGACGAAUUUUCUGAUUACAAUGAAACAGCAAUCCUCGAGUUGUCAUCCUUGCUGGGAAUCAAUGCAGAAACGCUUAUAUUUUAUCUUGUAAUUUUACGAAAUUACAAUAUGGCCAUGGAAGAAGGCGUUUUUACUUCUCGGCUGAGAGCAAGAUUCCAAGGGAUAAAAUCCAACCAGACGGUACUUGAAAGCAUCGAAGACAUUCUUCAUAAUCUUGGACUAGAUUCAUUCAGCAGUAAGGCUUGGAAUUACGUUACAAGCAAAUGUUCGCUCGAGGAUAACCAUCUUGACAUUAAAGAUUGGGCUGUUCUAUACUUGCAAGAUCUAAUACGCUACAGCCUUUUUCCAGAGAAUGUUUUUGGUAAAUUUCCAUACGAAGAAUCGAGAGUUAACUCUUGGUUUUUACAGGCAAGAGAACAAGAAGACGAAGGUUAUGGAAAGGUAAAUGUACUCAAUAGGAUGGAGAAAAAACAGAAGCAGGACGAGCCGUAUCCUCUAUUAGGUGGGAAACAUUUUCCGCAAGGAAUCGAGGAAGAAGGUCAUGAGUUGUUUUACCACGGGACAGAUCAUAAGUCUACUGUAAGUAUUCUUGAAGAUGGGAUUGACUUGCGAAAAGGAAACCCUAACAGGGACUUUAGUCAUGGAAAGGGCUUCUAUCUAAAUAAUAACUUUCAAGAGGCACGACUCUGGGCUUUCCGGAUAAGAGAUAAGCAUCGAGCAGUUCUUAUUUUCAAAAUCCCCAACCAGGUUCUUGAUGAUUUUCGAGGAGCAUCAAUCAAUCUUCGCGACGAUGAAACCGAAUGGGAACGGAUAACUUACCAUUUUCGAUUAGAUCCAAAUAAAAGGUUUAUGAGAGAAAUGAGACGAACAUCAUUCAUUGAGGGACCAAUAGCAAGUGUUUCUGUCAGAGGAGGUGKGAAGAUCAAGGGAUCUAUAGAAGGAAGUUACCAAAUGUGCUUACUCUCCGAUGAUUUAGCUCAACAAUUUGAUUUGUAUUUACAUUCCAUAGUAUUUUUUCAUUAGCUUCCAGAAGAGGAGCAAAAGACAGAAAAAGGAACAGAAAUUGUUUUAAAUUUUAUAACAGAUAGAAUAAUAAUGUAAAAAGAAAAAGUAAAACUUUCAAUUUAAAAUUAAUGCUUCAAUCAUAUUAGUGUGUCAUCUUCAGUUGACAUUAGUGUGUCAUCUUCAGUUGACAUUAGUGUGUCAUCUUCAGUUGACAUUAGUGUGUCAUCUUCAGUUGAUGUUAGUGUGUCAUCUUCAGCUGAUGUUAGUGUCAUCUUCAGUUGACAUUAGUGUGUCAUCUUCAGUUGAUGUUAGUGUGUCAUCUUCAGUUAAUGUUAGUGUG